GUCACUUUCUGUACUAGCAAUUGAGAGAAAUCUAAGUAGUUUCUUUUCAAAAGCGUGGGCUUCAGCUUGUCUAAAAGGAAAGCAGACAUUUAUCUUCUAAUGCCUUCCUUAUGCUGUACGUCUAAGUUUAAUUAGAAACGGUUUGUGCCUUAAGCAAACUCAGUAAAAAUGCGUGGUUCUUCACUUGCAGAAACCGAUGACUACGCAGAGAUCAUAGAUGAAGAGGACACAUAUACCAUGCCCUCCACCAGAGAUUAUGAGAUACAGAGGGAGAGAAUCGAAUUGGGCCGCUGCAUUGGAGAGGGGCAGUUCGGUGAUGUGCAUCAAGGAAUUUACAUGAGUCCUGAAAACCCUGCAAUGGCUGUUGCCAUCAAAACAUGCAAAAACUCCACUUCAGAUAGUGUGCGAGAAAAGUUCCUACAGGAAGCCUUGACAAUGCGACAGUUUGACCAUCCUCAUAUAGUGAAGCUGAUUGGCGUAAUUACAGAAAAUCCGGUCUGGAUAAUUAUGGAACUGUGUACCUUUGGAGAGUUACGGUCGUUUUUACAAGUAAGAAAAUACAACUUGGAUUUGGCCUCCUUAAUUCUGUAUGCUUACCAGCUCAGCACAGCAUUAUCUUAUCUGGAGAGUAAGAGAUUUGUACAUCGGGAUAUUGCUGCCAGAAAUGUCUUAGUAUCAUCAUUAGACUGUGUAAAGUUAGGAGACUUUGGUUUAUCGAGAUACAUGGAAGACAGCACUUAUUACAAAGCCUCCAAAGGGAAGCUGCCCAUUAAAUGGAUGGCUCCCGAAUCGAUCAACUUCCGCCGGUUUACCUCAGCUAGUGACGUGUGGAUGUUUGGUGUUUGUAUGUGGGAAAUUCUAAUGUAUGGAGUGAAACCAUUUCAAGGAGUAAAAAAUAAUGAUGUAAUUGGUAGAAUUGAAAAUGGUGAGCGGUUGCCAAUGCCUCCAAAUUGCCCUCCAACACUCUACAGCCUCAUGACCAAAUGCUGGGCAUAUGAUCCUAGCAGAAGACCACGGUUCAAUGAACUGAAACAACAGCUCAGUACAAUAUUGGAAGAAGAGAAAGUGCAACAGGAAGAAAGAGUGAGAAUGGAGCAGAGAAGGCAGAUCACAGUUUCCUGGGAUUCGGGAGGAUCAGAUGAAGCCCCUCCAAAGCCCAGUAGACCAGGCUACCCAAGUCCAAGAUCCAGUGAUGGUUUCUUUCCCAGUCCACAACAUAUGGUGCAGCAUAAUCAUUAUCAGGUUUCUGGAUAUACUGGUUCACACGGAAUUUCGCCUAUGCCUGGAACUAUAUAUACUGCACAGGAUUCCGGCUCUUUGGAUAUGCGUGGAAUGGGACAGAUGCUCCCAACAAAUGUAAUGGAAGAACAGUUGUUAAGGCAGCAGCAGGAAAUGGAGGAGGAUCAACGAUGGCUUGAACAGGAAGAGAAGUUUCUGAAACCUGAUCCAAGGUCAAUGAGAAACAAUGUUGAUCGAGAUGAUGGUGGUCUCCUGGACCCAACUGGCAAUCAUCACAUCUACCAGCCUGUAGGGAAACAAGAGCAUGCAGCGCCACCAAAGAAGCCUCCUCGACCUGGUGCCCCUAGCCAUGGAGGAAGCAUUGCCAGCCUAAACAGUCCAAUUGACAAUUACAAUGAAGGAGUGAAGCCAUGGAGGAUUCAACCACAAGAAAUAAGCCCCCCACCCACAGCUAACCUGGACCGUUCCAAUGACAAAGUGUAUGAAAAUGUAACUGGAUUGGUGAAGGCCGUGAUAGAAAUGUCUAGUAAAAUACAGCCAGCACCUCCAGAAGAAUACAUACCGAUGGUAAAGGAGGUUGGUUUGGCAUUGAGAACUUUAUUGGCUACAGUGGAUGAAACCAUUCCUUCACUUCCAGCAAGCACCCAUAGAGAGAUUGAGAUGGCACAAAAGCUACUGAACUCUGACCUAGCAGAAUUAAUUGGAAAAAUGAAGCUGGCCCAACAAUAUGUGAUGACAACUCUUCAGCAGGAAUAUAAGAAGCAGAUGCUGACAGCUGCACAUGCAUUAGCUGUGGAUGCCAAAAAUUUGCUGGAUGUUAUCGACCAAGCCAGACUGAAAAUGAUUGGAGGUCAACCUCGGCCACUCUAGCUGCCUGAAGCUUGCUCUGGGGGUUUUUGAAAUGAUUGUGUGAUCAAAUCUACCACCAGCAUGUGGAAUCACAAAGAGCCAAAAAAAGACUUUAUCUAUCAACAUAUGUAUAAAAAGCAGAGAAAGUACUGUCAAGUCAAGGAUUCCGGGACACCCGAGGGCUGAGAAUUCUUGCUAUACAGUACAACAACUCCAGACUGGAACUGUAAUCACUGAAUAGAAAUAGACCAAUAUUUAGCUGCAAUACAUCGACAGGAUUUGAACAAAGAUGUUAUAUUUUCAGACUGAAGUCAUUUAAGGUAACAAAAAAAACUUUCUUCGUUACUCCACCUCAGCGUGUGAAUGGAGGUUCACCUGUAUUUUAGCAACACUCUGAAGUGUUAAUUAAAAGACUAGCAUGUAGAAUAGACCUGAGACUGUAUCAUGCUUCAAGCAGAAAUACAUGCUAGUUGUUUAGAGAAAACCUGGAACAGAUUGUGCUGCAAUUGCAGAUGCAGCAAAAUUUGAGUGCUGUGUAUUAAUAUUUCUUCUACCAUUGUUUAACUUCAUUUUUUAAUUAUUUAAAACAAAAGCCACAAUCACAAUUAAAAACAAACUAGUUACUAACCAUCUUGUUUCUGGCUUGUCUAGGAGUUUGUGGGAACAGUGUAGUAUGCAGACGUGGUACAUUUUUAUUUCUAUUUUCCAUAUGUAUUACCUGUUCUCUGGAACUCCCUCCUUCAUUUUGGGGUAUAAAUUAUUCUCAGGAAGAAUAUAAUGAACUGUACAGUUAUUUGACCUAUUAAAAAGGUGUUAAUAAAAAGCAAAA